AUGAUGAUCCAAGCUGACGAAAUGGGUAUCGUGACGGAUGUUUCUGAGGAGUCGGGUGAUGACGGCGAAAAAGAAGAUUUUGUGAAAGUGCAUUUUAGUGUCCCGGGAGCGUUAGACUGUUGGAAGAUACUCUAUUUUAAACAAAGCAACUCCACUGUUGACAAGUCGACAUAUAAGCUGCUGUUGAGAGAAAAAGUGCAGUUCGGCAGUCCUGUUAUGGUCAGUGUAGACUCAAAGAGUCAAAAUAUGACACUUCCCUCUUUAAAAAAUGUUUGUGAUGAGGAGCCUAACGGAACUAUAAAGGAAUGUGGUCCCAGACUCUGUGUGAAAGAUCAGGGGAGGAAUGUCAAACUGCAACUUGUAAAAGCUGAUGUCAGACAAGGAGAUGCAAUCACAUGGCAGAUGGUUUGGGAUGAAAUUCCUGCAGAACAGCAUGAAUGGCCUAAAGGGAAGGAUGAGGUGGUCAUUCCAUCAGACUUUGUUGCACCAUGCCUGUGCUUCCAGGCAUGGUGGAAGGGAUCAUUAAGAACACAAAUCUGCCCCUUCAAAAACAAUGAAGGUGCACUCGAAAAUAUGCAGCACAGUGUGUCUGCAACUUUGGUGGAGUCUCAGCUGAGGGAUGGUGGCAUAGGGCUGAUCUGGAAUGUAAGUGCGCCGUGUAUACUGGAAGCAGAGGUGUGGCUGUGCAAGAAAGACCAGGUGGGAGGCCAGUGUGAAGAGGUGAUGGGUUCCAGACAGAGACUACAAGCUAAAUGGGAUGAACGAAGCAACAGAUACUUGCAAACCGGAGAGUUCGAUGUGCCAUCUCACCCUCUGCUAUGUGUUCAGAUGAAGAUUAACGGGACAAAAUCACUCUUAGAGCCCCAGUGUCCGUUUGCCACAUCUCGAUUGCGAUGGAGCCUGGUGCUCAUCAUUGGAUUACUACUCGUGUGUUUAGCAAUACUGGGAGCAUAUUUGAUACAAGGGAUUCUACAAGGCUAUGUUUGGAAGUGGCUGAAAGACGAAGAUGUUAAAGGGGCUGUGGGCGGUGUUCAUGUUGUGUUGCUGUACCCACCUGAUGAUAACCCUUGCCUGCCAGAGCUGUUGUGUCAUUUGGGCUCAUCUCUCCAAUCGCUGGGCUUUAGUGUGUCUCUAGACCUGUGGAGCCACGCUGAGCUCAGCAUGCUGGGACCUGUGCCAUGGCUCCACUCACAACUUGAUCAGCUGCAAAGGCAAGGGGGCAAAGUGGUGCUAGUCCUAACCCAGGCCUCCUGGACAAAGACUGAAGAAUGGGGAGCUCAGCGCUCAGAGAGGAAAAGACAUGUGGAAGAAGAAGAGGCAGGAAGAGAUUACCCUGGGUCUUCUCGCUGUGCAGAUGUUUUCAGUGCUUCACUGAGCUGUGUUCUAGCAGACUACUUACAGGGCCGUGCUGGCGAACGGUUUAUGCUGGUGCAAUUUGAAUCCUUUCCACCUGAGCCCCCAGGUAGUUUCCGACCGCUGCCAGAACUUUUCCGAGGCCUGCACGUCUACAGCCUUCCAUCCCAGAGCCUGGGUUUCCUGACUGAACUGGCUGGAGCUCGUCAAGUAGCUACUGCAUCAGCCAGACGGAAAAGAGCAGGGGGGCUCAGGAUGGCAUCCCGGGCCCUAGCCCAGAGACUGUCAGCAUUCACAACAGGGUCAAAUGUAUUACGCCUUGUGGGAGUGCAUCAGAAAUAA